CUAAUGUUAGAAUUUAGUAUUUCUGAUCUAGUGUUUCGUGUUUUYUGGCUGUUUUUUUCAUGCCUUCGCACUGCUGUGUACCUCAGUGUACCUUUAAGGGCUACCGCGAUGUACAAGGAAUUAAAAUAUCGUUCUUUAACUUCCCCAAAAAUGCGGGUGUUAGAAAGAGUUGGAUUCGUGCAAUAAGAAGAGACYCGGGGAAGGAUUUUGAGCUCACCUGUCGCAMCAAAGUAUGUUCUCGACAUUUUAAGCCUGCUGACUUAAAAAARUCACUAAAUGGGAUUGUGACAUUAAAGCMUGGUAGUAUACCAUCAAUUUUUGCUUGGACUGUAUCGCCAAGAAAGAGGAAAUCACCGACUAAGCGUCAACGUCCUUCGACAUCAACAACAACAACAGUAGACGAACACCCAGCUACCAGCGACGAAGUAUUUCAUGAGAAAACAUCUGAAGAACUACUCUCAGAAGUGAAGGCAGAUAACGAGAAACUUAGAGAACWGAUAAGGGAACUUGAAAAUCAAGUAAAUGAACUUCAGAUUGACAAAGAACGGUUAGAAGAAACUAACAAGAAACUCGUGGCUGAACUUAAGUCGGAGCAUGAUGAAGCGAUUCAUACCUUGUUUGAUGUUGAAGUCACGAGAGAUGCCUUGGAAAAAGAGUGCUUGUUUUUAAAAAACAAAUUGACUGACAUAAAAGAAAAGCUAUUCAGCUUAGAUAAUUUCAAAUCAGAUGAAGAUAUUAGUUUUUAUACUGGCUUUCCUAACUAUCUUACCUUCGAAGCUAUUUUCAAAUUUCUGAACACAGGAGAUAAAGGAGAGAAUGUUAGGUAUUACACGUCUAAGAAUACCGAUGUUACAGCUGAUUUUUAUACAAUCGAGGAAGAAGAAGAUGAUGAGAAUCAGACAUCUCCAAACACCCAGAAGAGAAAACUUGGAAGACCAAGGAAACUUGCAGUUAUUGAUGAGUUYUUUCUAGUGAUGUGUAGAUUAAGAAGGGGGUUUGCUGAACUUCACUUGGCUCAUCUGUUUGGAGUUUCACAGUCUACAGUCAGUAGACUAUUUACAACAUACAUAAAUUAUAUGUUUUUGAAAUGUGGUCAGGUGAAUAUCUGGCCAUCAAGAUCACUUGUACACGAGACAAUGCCAGCAAUAUUUAAAGAGAAAUAUCCCAAUACCAGAGUCAUCAUUGACUGCACKGAACUUCGCUGUGAGAUGCCUAGUAGCCUGCUUCUAAAUUCAGAAAUGUUUAGCUCUUACAAAAACCAUGUAACCUUCAAGGCCUUAGUUGGUAUAGCACCAAGUGGUGCCAUCACAUUYGUGAGUCAGUUAUACACUGGGGGUAUAUCAGAUAGAGAAAUUGUAACCAGAAGUGGCUUAUUGGACUUGAAUUACAAUGAUGGUGAUAYUGUUAUGGCAGAUAAGGGUUUUCAAAUUGAAGACAUUCUUCCCMUGGGAGUUUCUCUUAAUAUCCCCCCAUUUCUUGGUCAAGAUUCACAAAUGUCAAAGGAAGACGUCAUUGCCACCCAGCAAAUUGCAAGUGUGCGCAUUCAUAUUGAAAGAGCAAUCAACUUAAUUAAGAACUAUCACAUAUGGGAUGGUGAUGUACCACUUAACUUGAUUGGUUUGGCAAAUCAGAUGUGGAGUGUGUGUGCAUUUCUGUGUAAUGCACGUGAUCCUCUUAUUUCAGUUUAGUAUAAAUUAAGCUGUUGUCCCAGAACUGACCAUUGAAUGGAAUUCUUUGUAUGCUCAUUCCUGCAUUAGUGUAAACCACAAAGUCACACCAGCUAGCCUUAGUUACUCCAAGUUGUCCUUGCACUUGGUAAUAAUAGUCAUGAUUCUCCUUGAGCUUUGGUUYCCCAUCAAUUUCUUCACAAAAGAAUGUUUUGUCUGAGCAUGCCUCYAAGGGAGUUACAUGGAAUUUUGUGUGUGGGCAUUUGAUUUCCACCAAACCAUACUGAUCUUCACAGAUUGCUUCAAUUACUUUGCUAUCAGGUGAGGCUCCAAGAAAGGGUGCAUCCAUUGCUACAACUAGGCCUGAUUUGAAUAAUAUAACAGGUCUUCUGAUUGAGUACAUAUACCUUUGAUACUGUCUUAAUGCAAUUGGUUCAUAUUUCUUACCAUGUUCAGUGUACUUUGAAUAAACAGGGGUAGGACUGAUUAGAUUGUUUACAAAUGACUCAUGAUUUCUUUGCCUUAUGUAGACUUUCUUGAAAUUAGAUGAUGUUAUUCUGUAUUUUCGCUCAUCUUUCCAUUCAUCUGAAGUGGAUUGACUACGGGUCUUUACUUCAAUAUCAUUUAAUUUAUCAACAUCAACUAAGAGGUGAGUAAGUAAAUUGACUUCUACUUGUUCAAGAUUAUCUGGUAACUUGUAAGCUUCAGUGGACUUGAUUGGGAAUUUUGGGUAUUUUGUAGGGGGGUCUCUUAUAUCUUGGGGAAUG